UCAGCACGUCACGCGAGUUGGUUGGGACGCUCCCUCGUGCCCCGCCCCGCCUGGGAAACAUUUCUUAAGUUGCCCUGGAAACGAGGACAUCAUUAGUGCGGGAGUUUGACCGACAGGAGGGAGCCAGUGUAGCCUUGCCGCGCGUCCACCGCCGUCACUCAACUCUCAAUAGAACAAGAUGGGGGAGCACCAGGGAGGCGUGGUGGCGCUAGUGGUGGUGAACUUCUUGAUCUUCUGCGGCACUGUAGCCCUCAACCAACUCUCAGCCUUCCCGCAGUUCGCUGGUGGCCUGUUUAUUAGACGUCAGGAACCCGAUGUCUUGUAUGGCCUGGGCGUUCAGUCUCCAGGUAUCUUCAACUCCACGCCGGGCGAAAUGUCAGCCAGGUAUGAGAUCGACGUGACCCCGGCUGGCUUCACCUUCCUCGUGUGGUCUGUCAUCUACGUGUGGCUCCUGCUGGCUCAUCUCUAUGCUCUGAUCCUCCUGUGUCGCCGUAACGCAGUCGGCCCUGUCUAUGUGAGUCCUGGAGUUCUCACCACUGGUUUCCUCGUUACCUACACCCUCAAUCUACUGGCUAACAUUGCCUGGCUCUUCCUGUGGGACAACGAGCUCAUCAUCUACGCGUCGGCUGUCCUGUGGUUCAUCUGCCUCACCAACUGGAUCGCUCUCGGCAUCCUGCAUGGAAAUGUGCACAGCCAUGGCCCGUGGAUGUGCCGCCACGCCAAGGUGGAUUUGUGGAUGUACCGCAUUCUGUGGCACAACGGCAUGGCCACCUACACCACCUGGACCACCAUUGCUGCCCUGCUCAACCUCGGCAUCGCCCUCAGCUACGAGGCGGGACUGGACAUGCAGAUCGUGGUGUACGUGGUCCUGGGAUCGCUCUCCGGCAUCAUGGUUCUCUGGUUCCUGCUGGAGAACACUGUGUUGGAUCGUUUCGUGCGCUACACCAUCACCCCUUACGCUGUUGUGGUGCUGGCCAUGGCGGGGAUCUACGUGAAGCAGUACGCUUCAGCCACCAUGGAGACCGGCUACUUCAUCGUGGUGCUGCUGGGCGUGUCGGUGUUCUGCCUUGUGGCUCGCCUCGGCCUGGUCAUCGUGCGGGGCGUCAAGAGUCCCCUGUACGUGAACAACAAAGUGGGAGACGACCCCGUGCUGAGCUUCGCCGCCUGAUACUGGGGCUACGUGGACACCUCCUCCCCGUCCUCGGCCUCCUCGCACCUCCUCGCCACCUACACCAGCCUGUGAAGAGAGAGAGAGAGAGAGAGAGAGAGAGAGUUUUAUUGUUUUAGUUGUACGGUUCACAUAUACAACUUCAUGUAAUCUUCCACCUUCCUUGGUUUUUAUGGUCAUAUUCUAAUGAGAAUGUUUAUACUACGUAUAUACAAAAUCCUUUAUGUCUAUUCCGGGGGAAGAUUUCAAAGAACUUGUUUUACUGAUAGAAAUAUGCAGCGUACCGUGCUCUCCUGCAGCCGCGCAACACACCUGCGCAGGAUGCAGUGUGUGUGUGUGUGUGUGUGUGUGUAUAUGUGAGUGUGUUUGCAGGCAACCAUGGAGACGUGUAGUCACUAGAGGCAAGCUGUAGGAAACUCCUCGCGCCCCUUCGCCAGUAUCCAGUCAGGUGAACUGUCUAUAUCAUGUCAGUAGUUCAGGAGAAGUGUUUAGUCCAUCAGUCUGUGUAUUAGUGUUGUGUAAAUAAGAGUAGUCGGUAAGGCAGGCCCACCACUAACCGGCGAGUCCGCCACUGCCAUCACCACCUGACGGAUACAAACACGGCGAGGCGGCGGCACUAGGGCUAUCCUAACAUAAAGUCAGCGCAUGAUGACAGUAACAGAGGAAGACCCAUGAGGUGUUAAGAAAUAAGUAUCAGGGGGUUGAAGGAAGGGAUCGAGAAGGUUAAAUGCAUAAGUGGAAUGAAUCCCUCCCGCAUGAAACAUAACGAAGCUCCAGAUCGCCUGCUGAGAUCACGAGUGAAAGAGAAGUGCUGGGUGAGGGCGGAGAAGGGCGAGGGUGGUGAGGUGCUCACACGAUGCACGAGUAUUGGUGGAAUCUGGGCUAUUGAAAGAAGCAAUGGGGAACCAGAAUGGGUUGAGGACGUGUGACAAUUACUUGUGUAACAGAAAAGAAAAAAGCGAAGAAGCGAGGCAUUCUUUUUUUUUUCAAGAAAAUUGUCGAAUGUUUUACACUACACUAUCAUGUGGUGCACGUACUCAUAUUUCAAAUCCCUGUACAGUUUUUUUUUUUUUUUGUAAACACAUAUAAGAUUAGAUCAAUAAAAUUAUUCCCCCCCAUAAAAUGUUCUCCCCUCCCCACCGCCUCUACACCAGCCACGCUGUGACACCUGGUGGGCCGUGUCGUGCCCUGCGCUGUGACUCACGUGACUCGCAUAUUCAUUAGUGUCAUGGCUGGCAGCUGCAGGUCGCAGUGGUCCUUACGGUGCCUCUUAUUGUUUAGACUAUAUUAUUUUUAUUAUUCAUAUUAUUAUCUUCAAUUAUUCCAAAGCAGUGUAACGAUGGAGCGUGUGGCAGACUGAGGCUAAGGAAGAUACGUGGAGCGGUGUGAUAACCAAUCUGAAUUUUGUUAUUACAGUCUUGUGAAAUUAAUGGGGACAUUUAGUAACAGCUGUGAAAAUUGAAUAGACUGAUAGACAUUUUUGGCAAGCGAGACGCUGAACCGCCGCGCCACACUGACUGUGGUGCUAAUGAAUUGUUCUUCACAGGAAAAGCUCAAUGAAAGUUUUUUUUUUUUCAAGAAUAUGAUGCACCGUGUGUGUGUGUGUGUGUGUGUCCUCGCCUGCGACCAGAGGGCGUGCCGAGGGCGUGGUGGCGUCACGGUUGUUACUGUGCAUGGGUGAGCGCGCCAUCACCCUCACCACCUUCUCCCGAAGAAAGACAAUGCCAGAAUUUGAUUUUCAUUGUACAUAUUAUUAUCUUUUUUUUUAUAUAAAUAUAUAUAUAUAUAGAAUAAGGAAUAGAAAAAAAUAUGAGCCCUGUUAUACAAAUUAAUUACAUAAUGGAUACGAUAUUUGAAAGAAAAUUCCCACAAAGGUCAAUAAAACAUACUCUUGUGAUGA